AUGAACCCACCCACCAUGCAAGACAUACAGCUACCCCUGUGGCUCGAGAAGAUCUCCUUCGGAGAGUUGCGUGCCGGAGGCUACAUCGAUCUGAGUGGCACGUUCCGAAACGAGCUUGCAGACAACCCACGAGCAAUUCACCCUCUGUUCUACCAACGACAAUGGCUAGGCGUUCCAACAGAAGAUUACGUGUUGCUGAUGCCCGCCUUGCAACUAGCCACUAAGCUCCUAACAUCGCCACGAUUUCUCGUCUUUUGGGAGGCGGUGCUUCGACGUCGACGGCAUAUCCGCACUGACGGCCUCCGAGUCAUGUACGGACGUUUGUGUGACCGAGUCGACCUUUCGCAUCGCCAUCUGAACGAAGUGGAAGAGCGUUGGAUCUUGAACGUGCUGCUUAACCUCAAAAACGUACACAGGUUUAAAUUUCAAGAGGAAUUUAACCUUUGCGACGCAGAUGCGACAACCGAUCUGGUAGCGCACCCCGGCUUCGGAUCUUACCGUACUCACGCUUCGGUCUCCAGGAUCAGCGAUGAGUAUCUGCGACUUCUCCGCUUAUUCAAUCAACAUGAGGUGCCUGCUUGCGGAGGGAUUCCAAGCCGCUGGGACAGGCCGACUAGAGGAUCAAUCUUACGCACUUCAUUCCACCUCGCUAAAACUUUAGUGCACGAGCUGUGUCACGCGCUCAACAAUGCGAUAAUCCCUCUCUGUCGAGGACACCCGAACCCCGAGAUUGGUAUCAAGAUCGAACCCUUCUUCAUGGAUCAGAAUCGUUGCGAACUGGGACGAGCAUGGGAGUCCCUCGUGUUUGGCGGACAUAUUGACGGGAUUGGCGACGGGUUAAGCAUGCAGUUCGGGCUCAGCGUGACCAAAUGGCCGCAUCCAUUCAGCCAGGAGGGAGAAGAGCGCGCCCCAAGCAGGCGGCUGUUCACGACAAGCUACGCAAUCCCCAUGGCGUGGGUGGAAGCGCUGUGGACAAACGACUUCUGGUACCAUGUUGACCACUGCCUCGGCUUCGACUUUCGCAUCCCCAAGAUCCUUGGCAUCCGGAAAGCGACCAAUGUGGUGUGGACCGAGGAGGAUGAGGAGUACGAGUGCUUCAGCAGCACAGACGACAGUGAAGUGGCAGAAAUGGGCAACGAGGAGCGAGCUGAGGCGCUAGGGAAGAGGAUGCGAGUGCGGGUGCGGUACCAGCUGGGCCUGGAAGGCGAGUACGACGACAGCGAGGACAGCAGCGUGGCGCGGCACGAAGACUGGCAGGGCGUUAUUCGCGACGGCGGCAUGGCGGAUGACGGCGAUGACGAAGACCUGCCAUGGAUGACGGCGUCGACUGGAGCUGCGCCACGGCUGACAUAA